CAAAACACAGUGAGAAAGUGUCCCGCACGGUCAGGAAAGAUAAAGUUAAUUUCAGACCAACAAAAUGCCUCUUAUAGUGAUCACCGGAUUGCCGCGUAGUGGUAAAACCACCCGGGCCAAUGAGUUGGCAAAGUACUUCACUGACAGUGGCAAGGGACCGGUACACAUCGUGUCCGAGGCGGAAUGCAUCGAGCGUUCCGGGUACGGCGUAAAGGAAAGCUUCAUCGACACGACGAAGGAGAAACAGAUCCGAGCCAGUCUGAAGUCGGAAGCCAUGAAACUGUUGUCCAAAUCGUCGCUCGUCAUUAUCGACGGUGCAAACUACAUCAAAGGGUACCGGUAUGAAAUAUACUGUGUGAGCAAGAACGCCCGCACGACGCAGUGCACGGUCUACUGCGCGAUGACCCUCGAGCAACGGAACGCCCGUCGGGAGGAGAUUGUACAAAAUGAAACAAACUCAAGCAACGCACUCGAUGGAGAGACUUUCGAUGCACUUUGCCAGCGGUAUGAAGAGCCGCAGGACACUAGCCGGUGGGAUCGCCCACUGUUUACCAUUUACGGCGAUGAGACGUUGGAAUUGUCCCGAAUCAAUGGAGCCCUUUACGAGCAGGCACCGUUGCCUCCGAAUUUGGCAACACAGAACAUGCCACUGAGUGCAACCAACUUUCUGUUCGAAUUGGACAAAACCACACAAACGAUCAUCGAUCAGAUAGCGGCCGCCAGGAAAAUUGGUUUGGAUGGCCCGGUGGAAAUUCCCCAGGCUGGAAUGCGCGCAGAGGUUCCGCCGAACAUGAGCGUGGCGCAAUUGAACAGACAUCGAAGACAAUUUUUGAACUACGUUAAGAUGCACACCAACGUCAGCUCGGACAUCAAGAAAAUACCGGCCAUUUUUGUACAGUUUCUCAAUACCAAUACAAACAAUGCAUGAAAAGAG